UUAGGACAGUUAUGCAAGUAGCAAUGAGUGCAGCCACUCACUCAAGCCGUCCGCUCUCUGUCCGUGUGUCACGGGAGAAGGAAUGUGCUGACAAUUCCAUGGUAGAGCCCAUGAGCCCUACCGGUAGAGUCAUGGAGGAGUUGGGUGUGUGCAUCGUCGUCGUGAUAGGGCUUGGCACGCCGGUGAACCUGCCCGUCUUCCGUGCCGGCAUCGAAACAGAACUGCUUACUCGUUUUCCACGCUUCCGCGGUAUCCAAGUAAUGGACGAGUCCACCAACAAUGGCAAGCCGCGAUGGGUGCAAACGACGGUGAACGUGGACGACCACAUCGUCGUUCCCAGGCUGGAUCCUGAGGCUGUGGCGUUUGACCCAGAAAAAGCUGUGGAGGACUACGUGGCGUCGCUAUCCCUGCUCCCGAUGGACAGGCGCCGCCCGCUCUGGGAGUUCCACUUCCUCGACUUUCCAUCCUCCGAGGCAGCCUCCACGGUGGUGCUCCGUCUGCACCACUCCAUUGGCGAUGGCACGUCCAUCACGACGCUCCUGAUGGCGUCGUCCCGCAGCACGGCCGACCCAGAAAGGGCGCCGGCUAUGCCACCACCACCCAAGCGCACAGGGGCCAUCUACCAGCGGCAACCACGGCCUACUCUGUCUUCAGGUGAUUACCUCGCACUGCUUGCAUGGUUUUGGUCGUAUGUCGUGCUGGCCUGGCACACACUAGUGGAUGUAACGAUGAUCAUUGCAACGAUACUGUUCUUGAGUGAUCCACGCACACUCUUCACGCGUGCGGACGGCCACGAGUCUCGCAGCCACAAGCGUUUUGUUCAUCGGACCCUUAACUUUGACGAUGUCAAGCUCAUCAAGACUGCCAUGAACUGUACUAUUAACGACGUGCUAGCAGGUGUGACUUCAGCAGCUCUUUCACAAUAUUACUUUAAAAUGACCGGUGACACUAACACUAAGAGAAUCUGUUUGCGAUCACUAGUCCUAGUCGACGCAAGGCCAGUCUCUACCCGACAAACAUAUGUUACCAGAGUAGAGACAGGCAAUCGACUUAGCAGCCUCAUCUGUCCAUUUAAUAUAGCCUUGCAAGAUGACCCCCUUGACUAUGUUCGUGAGGCAAAAAAAAUUAUGCAUAGGAAAAAGAGCUCUCUGGAAGUGCUGUUCACACGAGUGGUCGGUGAAUUUUUGGUGAAAAACUUCGGUGUCAAGGCAGGAGCUUUUAUCUUCCGCCGUUUUGUCGAACGGACAACCAUCAUAUUUUCAAAUGCCCUUGGACCAGUUGAACAUAUGGCGUUAUGUGGGCACCCAGUUGCCUUCAUGGCACCUAGUAUCUACGGUCCACCACAAGCUUUAACCGUGCACUACCAUAAUUACGGUAGUGAUAUCAAGGUAGUUCUGGCAGUUGAUGACGCACAAUUUCCAGAUUGCCACCAGCUUUUGGAUGGUUUUGCCGAGGCCAUUAGAAUCAUUAAGAAUGCGGCAGCGCUCAAGAUGUUGACAACAUCAAUCUAAAACGGCAAGACUGAGUAAUGACAGCUGUAUUUGUGCACAUAAACCCAAUUAAUAAAUAAAAAUUAUAUAUGAAACUUUGUGUAAUGCUACUAUGUUGUUUGUAUAUUAAUUGUGUGCAUUUCUUGUGUGCACUUUAAUAUAUUGUGUUUAUGCCAAUAACUGUACGCUUUGGGUCAAUCUUUUUUAUACUAACAGAUAAUCUAUUAUUAUAGUCGGUCAAAAGCUAGACUAUGAAGCUCACCGUCUUUGUGAAGAGAAGC